AUGGGUAACGUAUGUGGGUCCAAAUCAGAGCCUAGUUCCACGAUGAAUGGAAAUAGCAGCAGUUUGCCUUCGAAACAGGUCGCUGAAGGUGGCUUUGCUCGGGCCAACUUCAUAGUAGACAACACAGGAACGUUGACAGACUUCUAUGAGCUUGAGGGGAAGAAGCUCGGCCAGGGCUCCUACGGUUCGGUGUCUAAGGCAAUUAACAAGUCGACUGCUGCUGUCCGUGCGGUAAAGACAAUAUCAAAAUCCCAUGUGAAGAACAUAGAUCGAUUUAAACAAGAGAUAGCUAUUAUGAAGAUGUUGGAUCAUCCUAAUAUUAUUAAACUAUUCGAGACAUUUGAGGAUCAUCGGAAUAUAUACCUAAUUAUGGAACUAUGCACAGGAGGUGAACUCUUUGAUAGGAUCAUUGAAGUUGGACAUUUCACAGAAGUCCAGGCGGCUAUCAUCAUGCAGCAGAUAUUGCGGGCAAUCUACUACAUGCACGAAAACCAUAUAAUGCAUCGAGACUUGAAACCGGAAAAUUUCCUUUUUUCUACUAAAGAACCUCUCGAGAAGUCCUGCUUGAAGAUAAUAGACUUUGGACUUAGCACGAAAUUCGGCAAAGACGAUAUAAUGACGACUAAAGCGGGCACUCCGUAUUAUGUUGCCCCUCAAGUACUCGCUGGAAAGUAUGAUGAAUCUUGUGACCUUUGGAGUUGCGGUGUUAUAAUGUAUAUUUUAUUAUGUGGUUAUCCUCCUUUUUACGGCGAGACUGACGCUGAUGUCCUCACUAAAGUUCGGCUUGGCAACUAUACUUUUAACGCUAGUGAUUGGAAAGGCAUCUCUGAAGAUGCUAAGGAUCUCAUACGGAAGUUGUUGAAGAUCAACCCUCGAGAUCGUUACACUGCCGAACAAGCCUUGAACCACCUAUGGGUACGUAAUAAGGCCCCUAAGGCGAAGGGAGCUCCACUAGAGGGGGCCCAGAUUGAAAAUUUGAAGUCGUUUCGAAGUCAGAAUAAACUCAAAAAGGCCGCGUUACACGUUAUUGCUCAACAGCUACCAGAUGAGGAGAUUGAGCAGUUAAAGCAGAUUUUUAUUUCUAUUGACAAAAACGGCGAUGGACAGCUCACUGUGCAUGAGAUCAUCGAGGGAAUCAACCAUGCUGAUCUUAAAGAAGUCCCCGAGAAUCUGGCAGAGAUCAUGAAACAAGUUGACGCUGAUGGCUCUGGUGUGAUCGACUAUACCGAGUUCAUAGCAGCUACACUUGAUCGUAAGAAAUAUAUUCAAGAAGAUCUUCUAUGGGCAGCAUUUCGAGUUUUCGACGUUGAUGGUGACGGGAAGAUCACUCGAAAGGAGCUCAGUCAAGUCCUGCACAACGGAACUGUUAGUGACCUAGUGGAAGGCCAUCUUGACGAGAUCUUGGGCGAGGUCGAUGCUGAUGGUGACGGUGAAAUUGAUUUCGAAGAGUUUGUCACUAUGAUGAGGAAACAAUAA